UUAAUAGUUGCCAAUAAAUUCAACCUGCUUAAACAAAUAAAUCAAAUAAAAAUAAAAAAUAAAAAUAAAUAUAGUGCCCCUUUUCUAGGUACAGUGAUAUAACAUGUAGUGUUGAAGGAUCUUUUUUAAAAUAUAUGAACCUUUCUUUUACUUAGCAAUUCACUCAAGCAUGGAGAAACAAGGAAGAAGUUCUGAAGAUAGCGAUUUUACUAGUACCAAAGUAAAGUCAUUUGCAAGCUUCAGGAAAAGUAAGGGGAAAGAGUGGAAAUCCCGAGUGACAAAGUUUAGUAAAGAAGAGAAAAAAUAUGAAGAUGUUGUGGUUCACUUGGGUCUUAUGGAGUGGAAUGAGAAAGAUCAAAUUCUCAAAUCAAAGAGAGGUAAAAGAUUGCCAUUACGAGUGUCACCUAAUGCAAGUUAUGCUACUCUACGACAACAAGCAGAAGAAAAAUGGAAAACAUUCCACAGCAAUCUUUAUGAUGAAAGUCAGCCGUACCAUUUACUAUUGGAGGAUGGGCAAAAGGCCCUCCUUUUACCCGGGUCAAAGAAAGAGCUCUUCACACUGAGCAGAUAUCAAGAGGAAUUAGGGAAAGAUUUUAAAAGAAUCACUUUUUUCUUGUGUCCCGAUCGUGACUUUCAAAUAUCUGAAGGUAACUUUGAUGAGCAUGAUUUGACUGACUUUGGUGAUGAUGACAGUGAUGCCCCUAGUUCAUGUAAUAAACGCCAGAAAUGUGAAAUUGACCUAACCUGUAACAGUGAUCACAAAACAAGCACUCAAUGCAGUCAGUUUUAUCAAGACCAGCUGAUGGAGAUGACUCCGAAGCUUGAAUGUGAGUAUCAGCUCGACCAAGAUCAGAAGCACGAAUGUGAUCAGUCUAAACAUGUUCAGCAGCUUCAGCAGCUUGAGGAAGAUGAAAACUUAGCUUUUGAUCUUCAAAGAUGCUAUGAUGUGGAGGAUAUCAUCACCCAUGAGGAAGAAAACACGACAAUCAGUGAUUCAUCUUCAGUGGUAACCCAUUUGGGUAGGCAGGUAGAUGAGUCAAGUAAUUUUUUCAUCGUAGUAAGAAGAGGUGCCCCAUUAGACAGGACACUAUCAAUAUGGAGCAGAGAAGUGAAAAAGAACACUGGUAGCACAAAGAAAAUUGUAAGAGUCCACUUCAGUGGAGAAAAAGGAAUUGAUUCUGGAGCAAUGGCAAAGGAGUUCUUUACCAUCACUCUUCCUAACAUUGGCACUGUCAUCUUCCCAAAUGGGCAGCCAGUGGAUUCCACAUACCAUGUACAUAAUGGAAACUUCAAAGUCUGUGGAGAGAUUGUGGCUGCUAGUAUAGCCCAAGGUGGGCCAGCACCAUGUUUCCUGGAGGAAAGUGUCUAUGGCUUGAUGGCAGAUCCAAAUGUUCCUCUCCAGCAACUUGACAGUGGAAAGCAUCUGACGACAUCUGACAGGGAAUUACUGGAUGCAAUCAAAGAGGACAUAAUGGCACACACCGACACUAUUAUUGAGCAUGGGUACACAGGGACUGUUGAGGCUUCUCACACUGAAGAGAUCCUUAGUUCUGUAGCAAUCAGUUUAGUGACCAAGAGGCUUGUUUACCUCAAGGAAUUCCUGAAUGGGUUAGAUUCCUAUGGUUUGAAAGACAUUAUCCAAACCCACCCCGAAGCUUGUAAGCCACUCUUUGUGAAAAAUGCAGGUGACAUUGGUGCAGUUGAUGCAAACUACUUGUUUUCAUCACUGCACCCAGAACAUGCUAAGGAAGGAAGCUCACGAAGGAAAGUUGAAGAGGCGACAAUGGACCUUCUUCAAGAUUUCCUCUUUCACCUUGAAGAUGAUCCAAAUAUUAAUUGUUCUGGAGCGCUUGCGUUCAAAACCUCUGGAAGAAUAACGCCACUUGUCAAAGUGGUUUUGACGACAAAGAAUAUCGUUGUCUUUGUACUGCUGGAUUCAAAGGUCAAAACUGUGACAAAGUCUGGUCAUUUCCCUGAAUUAUGGAAGGAGGCAAUAGUAACACCUUUAUUGAAGAAGUGUGGAUCUGACCCGUCCAAUUUUAAGAAUCUACGCCCUGUCAGCAAUUUAUUCUAUAUUUCCAAGCUCACUGAGAGCGCUGUCGCAGACCAGAUUCAGUUACACCUGGCUAAGAACAAUUUUUAUCCAGAAUUCCAGUCUGCAUAA